AUGAGUAACGCAGACUCUCUUUCAGAUGUCGAAUUCGACAUGGACGGAGUUGAAAUGACAGAGGAAGUGAGCCAAGAGACGAUCGAGGCGAUCGCCACCCUCACGACGUCGCUGGAGUCGAACCCGAGCCAGUACGAGCUCCAUACACAGCUGAUAGCGCUACUUAAAAGUGCAUCUCUGCUGGAGGAGCUCCGAAAAGCACGCCGGGCCAUGAAUGCUCUGUAUCCCCUUUCUGAAGAGCUCUGGGUGGACUGGAUAGGAGAUGAACAAAAUAUGGCGACCCAGGAAGAAGAAAAGCAGCAUGUUUUGGAUCUAUAUGAGAAGGCGACGGCAGAGUAUCUUUCGGUACGCAUCUGGAAGUCCUAUCUGGAGUAUGCAGUUCAGGAGUUCCGCGAAUCCAUGGAGCACCCAGACAAUGAAAGCGUCGUCAGCAAAGAGUACUUGACAAACCUGUUCAAAAAAGCUGAUAAGCUCACAGGGUAUCACAUCCCACAAAGUCAUCUCGUAUGGAAUGUAUGGAAGGACUUUGAGCUCGAACAGCUGGCCGCAGAGGACCCACCACAACCAAAGGAUGUCAGCAGAGUCAAGGCAAUGUUCAUUGACAGAGUUGCUAUUCCACACUCGGAACUGGAGGACACUUUCUCCAGUCUGUCAUCGUUCAUUACGCAAUACGACGGCGAGAACUACGAGAAUACCAUGGUUCAUUGCAACAAAAUCGCAAGCGUCACUCGAAAUGCUUUGUCUGAGAUUGAGGGCUAUGAGCAGCAGCUGGUUUCUACGAAUAAUGGUCUGGAGGCAUUCAUGAGUUAUCUAACGCACGAGUUACGCAAAAAUAAAGAACAGUUUACUCGGAUCAGGACCUUGUACGAGCGGGCAGUAGCUGUGCAUUGUUUAGUGCCAGCACUGUGGAUCGACUAUGUCAGCUUCUUGAUGUCCACGAGUCAUCAAAAGAAGGAGCAUGACCUUACACCAGCAGAAGUUUUGGACGUUGCAAGAAGAGCGACCCAAAACUGUCCAUGGAGUGGAGAUAUCUGGGAGAACCGUACCCUUUUGCUGGAGACCUAUCUGAAGCCAGAGGAUGAGAUCAGUGCUGUGUUUUCUAGCGCCUUAAAUGAUAUGACAUUACUGUCCAACCCGCUGGAGCUCUCCAAAGUGCUUUUGGCACAGUGUUCGUACACCCUCAGACACGCAAGCAAAGACGAGGAUGGGUAUAACACAGUACGAAAGGCAUUCGAGUACGCUCUUACCGUUCUUGAAGCAGCGGGCGGCGAUCCGUACUGCAAGUUGGAGCGGUUGUGGAUCGAAUUGGAAUCAAGCGCACUUGGAAACCAUGAAAAGGCGCGCGAACUCUGGAAAUCGAUCGAGAGCAAACAAAAGACCCUCUCGGAUUUCUGGAUCGCACAAGCAGAGAUGGAAAAGAAACUGAAAAACGACAAGGGCGCUCGUCAGGUUUACGCCCGCUCAUGCCAGAUUGCUACAUCUCUGGACUGGCCCGAGAAAGUCUUUGAGGCAUGGCUCAUGUUUGAGAGGGAGAGUGGGGACCUUGUGACGUACAAGGACGCGUUACUUCGCUCGCGCGCUGCCAUGAAGGGUGUGGAAGCAUUUCGUGCCCAGAGUACCCAGGAGAUAUCGAAUGCAUAUGCGGACCAAACUGCUUAUGCAGUUGUACAGCCUAGUGAGCCUGUCAUGGCUACGCAGGGGCAAGUCGAGAAUGAAGGAGCCCAGGAAGGCUCCAAGAAGCGGAAGAUGUCAGCCCAGAAUAACGAGCCGGCCGCAAAGAUCUUGAAAACAGAACCGGACCAACAUAAGACCAAGGAUGCAAAGCCGUUGAACAUCAGUGCUGGACGACACGAGGAUACAUGCUUUGUUGUGAACUUUCCGCUCGACAUGAGCGAGAAGAAGCUGACAGAGCUUUUCCAAGAAUACGGAACAGUUUUGCGAUGCACAAUACCUCCUCCAAGAAGUGGGGAGAUUAAGAAGCGGAGUUUUGCUUAUGUCCAGUUUUCGAGUCCUGAAGAAGCACACGCGGCCCUUGCACUAGAUGGAAGAGACGUUGGUCAGCGUCGUGGUCUGUCCGUCAGGAUCUCGGACACUAAUCAAAAGACGCGUGGAAUAGAAGGCGAACCACCGCUGCCACGCGUGAGCCGCCAUGAGGUCCAUAUCUCUGGAAUCACAAAUGAGUUGAAGGAAGAAGAGCUUGAAAAGCUGGUUGCACUGUAUGCGCAACCCACAAGCGUAUUUAUUCAACGGGUUGCGCAGUCCAAGGGAAAACCAUGGGCUAACAUCAAGUUUGAGACUGAGGAAGACGCAGACAAGGCCUUGGCGUUGGACGGAACUAUGUUCCAUGGCAAGGAGUUAAGCGUCAAGCGGCGUGUGUUCCAGAAGGCGACUGCUGGUGGGGAAGAGGGUCUGUCGAGGAAGGAGAGGAGGAGACUUGCGGCUGAAAAGAAACAGCAGGCGGAAAAGGACGUUGAUCAGGAAGAGAGUAAGGACGGAGAAGGAGCGCCUUCGACGAGCAGGCAGCAGAAGCAGUCUGCUGCAGAGUCUUCCUCAAUGGACCAGGACACUUCACCAGCCGCCUCGACUUUAAAGGAAUCAAAGAAACCUACGGCGACAUUGACAUCGAUGCAGCCAAGAUCUAUGGCACCAAGGUCGCUGCAGCCACGGAAUCUUAAACCGACUUCUCAUACGAGGCCACCAGCCAGAGCCUUCAAGCCAGCGUCGACAACAACGACAACAAACAUAGCUUCGACAGCUGAAGCGACGCAAGAUGGCGGCGAGGUGGCAUCAGUGCCAGUAUCGGCACCGAAGAGCAAUGCUGAAUUUCGGGCACUGAUGCUUAGUGGAGCGCUCAAGAAAAAGAACCCCUGA